AUACAACCCAUAGCAAUUUAUAAAUCACCAUAAAAUCUAGGGUAAUGUGAACUUAAAAAAUCGUAAUUUUCAUACAAUAAAGUAGUACAUAAUAAAAUAUAUUAGCCUCAAAUCCGUUCAUUAAUAAAAAAUGUAUUUGGUAUCGUAUUCGUGUUUAUGAAAGAAGUAUUGUCAGGAUGCCUUUAAGUUACUUCGAAUUUUAUUUAAAAUCAAGAAAGGUGAUUCUAUUACAAUAUGUGUGGGUAUAAUGGUUAUAUGAUUUGAUGAUAUGAUCACAAGUUUUUAUAGGAACAUUGGAUACAAUGUGGAUUUAAUUAGUAAAAUACAAAUUUAUGAGACAUGGAGUUAACCCCUGAAAAUAUAGAAAGGGCAGUAAGUCUUUUUUAUCAGUCAGAAACUAGACAACAAGCAGAGGCCCAUCAGUGGUUAACGGCAGCCCAAAACUCACCACAGGCAUGGCAAUUUGUGUGGAAUUUAUUAAGUUCAAAAAGAAGUUCAGAAGUUCAGUUUUUUGCAGCAACAACUUUACAUACCAAACUUUUAAGAUAUUGGUAUGAAAUUCCAGAAGACCAAUAUAUUAGUCUCAGGAAAAGAAUUUUAGAAUCUAUUGUUCAGUUUGCAAAUGGACCUAAAAUAGUUUUAAAUCGUUUAUGUAUAACCUUAUCAGCAUACAUCAUUCAUACAAUUCCUACUCAUUGGCCCAAUGCUUUUGAAGAAUUGGUGUCUAGUUUUCAACCAAAUUUCUUUCCGAAUAUUGAGCCUGAAAGAGUUAUAUGGAUAUUAUUAGAAAUAUUGACCGUAAUACCUGAAGAGUUUCAAAGUAUGACAUUAGCAACUAGUCAAAGAAACAGGGUGCGAACAGUUCUUCAGACAGUUUCAAGGGACAUAUUAAGAGUUGUUGAAAUGUGUUUAUCACCCUUAGCAGGGGCAGGGUUUCAUAUGGCCAAUUUAAUGACGUACUUGAAUUCAGCAAGAUGUGCUUCUGCUUGGGUUCAGUUAGGUGGUGUUACUAUAGAAGAUUGCACACAUCUCAUGGAAUUACUGGUAGAUUUGACUUGUUUUAUUUACUGGUGUAGUGAAGAUAGCGAUGGAAUGGCCUCUGAAGAAAUGGAUUUAAUAGAAGUCACUUUAGAAGCACUUUCAUCUAUUAUACUGCAUCCUCAAACCUACAAAUACAAAUCGUAUGUUAGCAGACAUGCUACAAAUUUUCUUCAGAAUUUUAACAAGAUUUUAGAAAAAGAACGACACAGUCCAAAUUCAAAUAAGGAUAUAGUAGCUGGAAUUUACGGGUUGAUAGUGACAUUGGCAGAUACACAUUCGAAACAGUUUAUAGAGGACUUGAAAAUAACAAAUGCUAAUGGACGAGAACUGUCGAUUACAUUGCUUGAUUGCAUUUUAAAAUGCUCCGAUCUACCUGGAAUGUACCCUGUAGAUGAAUCUAGUAGUACUCUUACUUUUGGAUUUUGGUUCACCUUGCAGGACGAUGUACUUUCUCUAGAUACAGCAGAACGUACAGAACUUCUUUUUAUGAUAAAACCUUACUAUAGACAAUUGGUAGUGAUUUUAUUAAGAAAAUCGCAGUAUCCGGGAUCAUGGGAAGAGUCGGGCUGGUCUCUGGAUGACCAGGAGGUUUUCAGAUGCUAUCGACAGGAUAUAACUGACACUUUAAUGUACUGUUACAAUAUAUUGAAUGUAGAAAUGCUGGAUAUUUUAACUUUUCAUUUAAACGAAGCGAUUUGUUCGAUUAGCAGUGAGAAGGACUGGACUCCGGUAGAAAGUUGUAUACAUGCAUUUUCUGCGAUAGCCGAAUGUGUAGAAUAUGAAAACUUAUACCUCCCCAAGCUCAUAACCACCCUAAAAUCUAUUCCGUACCAUAUGCUUAACAGUAAAGUGUAUGCAAUGGCUCUCGAAACUAUCGGAGCUUAUUCUGAAUGGAUUUCGGAAAGGCCGGAACUUAUUAGUAACAUAAUUCCAUUAAUUCUAAUGGGUUUAAAUGAAUCAGAAGUUGCCGCAAAUGCAACUAUGGCUUUAAAAGACGUUACACAGAAUUGUCAAAAAUUUCUCUGUCCUUAUGCUGAACAAAUAUUGCAAACAUGUCAGGUUGUUUUGCAAGGUGGUCAGCUAAAAUUGUCAGAGCAAGUGAGGAUAAUGUACAGUAUUGGAAAAAUUAUGAGCCUGCUUCCUGUGCCAAAACUAAUGGAAUACCUGAAUCCCAUGCUAUCUCCGUCAUUUCAAGAAAUAGAUAUGCUUCUUAAAACAGACCAGAUAGAUACCAGCGUGACUUGCUCGAUUAUUUCCAAGCUAAAGAUAAUCUCAUCUCUCUUUUGCACCCUACAUAUAAAAGCCGAAUCUUAUCAGGAACAACCAAUUCUUACUAUAGUGAAACAAACGCUACCGUUGUACAUGGAGGUAGCAGCUCGAUAUUGCAAGGAUUCUGAUGUAAUGGAAGUGCUUAGUAGUCUGCUAAAGCACACAAUUGUCACCCUAAUGGACGACUGCAAACCGAUUGUACCUGAUAUUUUAAAUUUAAUAAACGCUGCUUACAUUCAACAUCCACAAACGAGUCUACUUAACCUGGCAAAAACGAUAUUAGUGAUGUUUGCAAAGGAUGAAGAAUACAGGAACUCGAUGAAGCGUUUAUUAAGUGAAAUAGUAAAUACAACACUACAAAUGUACUCCCAGUUGAGUUCCAAUAACAGAUUAUCGGAGAAAUCGGAUGUCACGGAUGGUUUCUUUGCGAUGUUGACCCAAAUCCUGAAAAAAGAACCUACUCUGAUAACUGCCAAUGAAUCUAUCGAUUGUUCAGUUUUGUUUCAAUAUGCUAUUAUUUGUUUGAGUGUACCUGAAACACAAACGCUGAAAGUGAGCACAUCUUUCUUGGUAAAUUUUAUUUCACAAAGCAGAGAAAAUGGCCAUGCAGACGCUGUUUUACAAAGCGGCGAAUUUUUGUUGACUAGAAUAUUUUUAAAUUUAGGUGGCAGCGGACCAAGAUCUUCAGUGGAAAUAUUAAGUGAAAUCCUUUUAACGUUAAAUAAAAAGUACUGUGAUAAUUUCUCGCGAUGGUUGCACCAGCUUUUGUCUCAAAAGGAUUUUCCUUCGCCUAGGCUUACUAAUCAACACAAAGAACAUUUUAUUAAGAUGGUACUAAAAGAGAAGGCAAACAAAAGGCGCUUAGCAGAUUGUGUAAUGGAAUUUACCCUGAUAUGUCGGGGAAUCGUACAAGUAGAAUAA